AUGCGACUCAUUAGUCCAGAAAAAUUAACUGAAAUUCAAAGCGAUCCAGCUAAUAUACGUAAUAUUUGUAUAUUAGCUCACGUAGAUCAUGGCAAAACUACUUUGGCAGAUUCAUUGGUUGCCAGUAAUGGGAUCAUUUCUAAUAAACUUGCUGGUAAAUUACGAUAUUUAGAUAGUCGUGCUGAUGAGCAACUUAGAGGAAUUACAAUGAAAUCAAGUUGCAUUACACUUUAUCAUAAGUGCAACGGUCAAGAAUUUGCUAUCAAUUUAAUCGAUUCUCCAGGACACGUGGACUUUGCGUCUGAAAUUUCAACAGCUGUCAGACUUUGCGACGGUGCCAUCAUUAUGAUAGACGUGGUAGAAGGCGUGUGUCCUCAAACGCGUAGCGCAUUGUCUAUUUCUUAUAUGGAAGGUUUAAAACCAAUUUUAGUAUUAAACAAAAUAGAUAGAUUAAUUACAGAAAUGAAAUUGUCCCCGUUGGAUGCUUAUGUGCAUUUAACACAAGUUUUAGAGCAGGUUAAUGCAGUAAUGGGCGAGUUAUUUGCUAGUGACAUAAUGGAACGCGAAGAAAAAGAAGAGUUAAAGACAGAAGGAAUGGAAAAUAGUUCGGAAAGAAAUUUAGCAGAUUGGCAGUCUGUACUCGAAGAUAUAGAUGAUUCUAAUUUAUAUUUUUCUCCGGAACAAGGUAACGUCCUAUUUUCCAGUGCCACAGAUGGUUGGGGAUUUGGCAUUAAGGAAUUUGCCAAUAUACUUUCAACCAAAUUAGGCUUUAGUGAAAAAGUUUUAUCAAAAACGCUCUGGGGAGAUUAUUACAUAAAUACUAAGACAAAGAGGAUAAUGAAAGGAGCUCAAGAUAAAGCAAAAAAGCCUUUAUUUGUUCAACUUAUUUUAGAUAAUCUUUGGACUUUGUACGAAACAAUAACCGUUCGUAAGGAUAAAGAAAAAGUAUGUUUGAUGGCUAAGAAAUUGGAUAUCAAAUUGACAAUAAGGGAUUUGAGGCACACGGAUUCUAGAGUUCAAUUACAAGCAGUUUGUUCACAGUGGCUCCCUUUGGCUCGAGCGUGUCUCGAUGUUCUAUGCGAAAAAGUUCCAGCACCACAUAAUUUAUCUUCGGAAAAGGUGGAGCGCUUACUGAGUGGAAAUUUUGAUUUCUCCACAUUACCGGAGGAAACACAACGAUUAAAAGAGACGUUUUUAGCUUGCGAUCCUUCUCCAAAUUCACCUAUCGUCGUGUUCAUUUCAAAAAUGUUUCCAAUAGAGAAAAAGUUACUACCAGAGAAUAGACCAAAGCCGCUGACUUCGGAAGAAUUACUGCAACGAAAGGAAAUAGCACGGCUAAAACACGCGGAAAAGAUCAUGCGGGAACAGCAAUCGGAGGGAGCGGAACAAACGGUCAAUAUCGGCAAUUUUGACGCCGGCGAGAGUGGGAAAUCGGAAAAUACAGUUACCGAGGAAACGAACGACGAAAAUGAGAAUACAGAAACUGCAUUAAUAGCAUUUGCUCGAAUUUAUUCUGGAUGUCUGAGAGAAGGGAGUACCGUGUACGUACUAGGACCGAAACACGAUUCACGCGAAGCAUUGAGACGAGAGAAAACAGGUGAGUCGAUAGACGAGAACGUCACGUUAAAAGACUUGAAACCUGGAAGACACGUGACCAGAGUUACCAUACGAAAGUUAUAUCUACUAAUGGGCAGAGAGUUAGAACCCACGGAUAUGGUAUUCGCUGGUAACGUAUUUGGAAUCGGUGAUUUGGAGGAGCACGUACUAAAGACAGCGACUCUUUCCACCACUGUUGCUUGUCCGUCAUUUUCGGAACUGACUUCGCUCAGUAUACCCAUCAUGCGGGUAGCUCUCGAACCAAAACAUCCAAACGAUUUGCAGCUAUUGAUCAACGGUUUGAAAUUACUUAACCAGGCAGACGCCUGUGCUGUUGUUCAUAUUCAAGAGAGCGGGGAAAUUGUAUUGAGCACUGCUGGUGAAGUGCAUUUGGAAAGGUGUUUGGAAGAUUUGAAAUUACGCUACGCCAAGGUCGAUGUAAACGUGUCGGAACCUAUCGUACCGUUUAGAGAAACGGUCGUGCCUCCACCAAAGGUCGACAUGGUGAACGAAGCGAUCGAAAAGAAAGCCGAAGGCAUCAGUUUGGCUACUUGGACUGCAAAUCGUCAGUGUUACUUUGAAAUCGAUGCGAGACCCUUGCCCGAGAAAGUGACCAAGAUCUUGGAGAAGAACAUGGAUUUAAUAAAGGCAUUUCAUCAGCAUUAUGGCAAAUCGAAUUCAGAAAGGGUAGAGGAAGCUGAGAAAGUAGCGAUGGUGGAUCAGGAAAUGGAAUUGUCGCGCUUGAUGUCGGAGAAGAAACAACGAGCAUUAGAAUCGUUCAAAACUGAAUUGGCAACUGCAUUUCGGGAGGCUGGUGAAAAGGUGGAUGUGCUAGAUAAAAUAUGGGCGUUUGGACCACGAAACUGCGGCCUUAAUAUCUUGUUAAACGAAACCGAUUAUAAGCAAAAGAAGUUUUGGGAAGGCCAUUCAAAAUCUACGGAUCCACGUACACCUUACGAAAGCAGUAUGGUCAAUGGUUUUCAAUUGGCAACGCUUGCUGGACCUUUAUGCGAAGAACCUAUGAUGGGUGUCUGCUUUGUCGUGAAGAGAUGGGAAAUUUAUCAAGUUUCACAAAGCGAAUAUAGCGGGCAAAAUCAAGGACACGUGGAUGGUGGUCAUCUGAUGUCGGCAUGCAAGGAAGCUUGUCGUCGUGUGUUCAAUUCAAGACACCCUCGGCUAGUUACUCCGAUGUAUAGCUGCAGUGUUUUAGUCAAUUCGGAUGUAUUGGGGAAACUGUACGCUGCAUUCGGAAAGAGGCAAGGUCGUGUGGUUGCAGCGGAAAGUGCUCUUGGAUUUGGUGGUCAGUUUCGCGUACUUGCGACUUUACCUGUACCGGAGAGUUUUCAACUUGCCACAGAACUGCGAACUCAGACAUCCGGGCUGGCCAGUCCUCAACUGGUUUUCAGUCAUUGGGAGGUGAUCGAGCAAGAUCCAUAUUGGACACCUUCCACGGAUGAGGAAUACUUACAUUUCGGUGACAAAGCAGACAGCGAAAAUAGAGCCAAGAAAUACAUAGAUGCAGUCCGCCGGCGCAAAGGUUUAUCCGUGGAUUCUCAGCUUGUCACACAUGCGGAGAAACAACGCACUCUUUCCAAGAAUAAGUAACCUUGGAUUACCAAACACUUUAUCACGUGCUUCUUUUGCAAGACUUUCUAUUCGAACCGUAUACACCUUCUUGGUGCAUUUUCUUUUACAUACAUUGGAUAUAUCAGCAGUCUGAAUGGAAAGUUUAAUGUAACCUCUGAUGAUACUCGUUACAAGAAACAUACUAACAAAUACUUCCUUCCUUCAAAUUUCCUUCAAAUUUCCUUCACAUUUCGUUUAAUUUCUAAAAUUUUCACAAUUUUCCCUCGUUAUAAUGAUCUAUCGAUAUCAACUAUUCAGAAAAGUAACUGAUUGACUGAUUGAUUUACAUUACGUCUUACGAUUGUACAACGUUAUUUUAUGCGGUCUUCCUUGUAAAUUUGAAAAUAAAUCAUGCUCGGAACUAAACGAAAAAAGAACAUGAAUGUACAAAUCAUAUACUGUUUCUCUUAAUUUUAAACACAUUUUAUUCCCAAAUUUUCCGACAACCAUGCAAAAUACGUUAAACUAGUCUUGUCCUUAACGUUGUAGUUUUUGCUGAUUAAAUUUCGAAUAAGAGAACACGUGAUCUAAUAGUUUUAACAACUAUUAACAAAGAAUAUUAAGAAAGAGAAGCUCAUAAAAUGUUCAUCUUCGUUUCUUAAACAUUUAUACAAUCGAUAGCAAGACAUCUCAACUGGUCGAAUGCCAAA